AUGAAAUCAGAUUCUUUAGCAGUAAGUGUUUAUAUUACUAUUAGAUGAGAAUUACCAAAUAAAGAACCCAAUUGGUAGAGGGGCUGGUAGUUUUGUGUGUAAGAUUGUAAACCGAUUAAGUAAAGUAGAAAUGGCUGCUAAGAUUAUUUAGAAAACAUCAUCAAACUCACACAAAAUAUAGAAUGAAGUUAUGAUUCAUUCUGAAUUGCAUCAUAAAAAUAUUGUUAAUUUAAUUGAUGUUUUUGAAGAUGCUGAUAACAGUUAUCUUAUAAUGGAAUUAUGUGAUUAAGACAUUUAUUAAUUAAUUAAGAAAGGAUAAUUUAAUGAAUAAUAAAUACGUUUUUAUGGUAAAUAAUUAACAGAAGGUUUAUAAUAUUUACAUUCUCAUAAUAUAAUUCAUAGAGAUAUUAAAUUAGGAAAUCUAUUAAUCUAGAAUGAUAUUCUAAAAAUUGCUGAUUUUGGAUUGGCUGUAAAAUUAACAGAUGAUGAAGAAGAAAGAAAUACACUUUGUGGUACUCCAAAUUAUAUAAGUCCAGAAAUCAUUAAUUAAUAACCUUAUGGAAAGAAAGUUGAUUUAUGGAGUAUGGGUUGUUGUUUAUUUGCUAUGGCAACAGGACGUGGUCCAUUUGAAGAGAAAAAUGCUGCUUUAGGUGAUGUUUUAAGAAAAGUAAAAUAAGGUGAUUUUGAUCUACCUGCUAAUUCUACUGAAACAUUUAAGGAUUUAAUAAUGAAUUUAUUAAAUCUUGAUGUUGAUUAAAGAUAUUCUAUUGAUAAAAUAAUAAAACAUCCAUUUUUUAUAGAUCCUAUUCCUCCAAGAAUUUAAAGUAGAAAUUAAUCCAGUUCUUAAAUUAAGUAACUUUUAGAUUUGAGUCCAUUUGUGAAAUAAUAACAUCGUUCUACUUGUUCUAUGAUUGGAUUAGAUAAAUAAUAAGUAGUAACUUAGUUUUUAUAGAAAUAACAGUUGUUAGAAGGAAAAAAGUUACUAUUUGGUUAAACAACAAAUGGAAAGAUUUCACUUAAAUAAAAUUAUCAUCUUGAUAAUGUUCCUAAAUUCUUUUUACCAUAAGAUAAAUAUUCUAAUAAUAAUACUAGUUGUAAUCAUCAUAAUAAAGAAAAUAUUAAUCAAUAGAAUUUUAAUAAAGAAAAUAUUAGAGAGAAUAGUGUUAAAAUUAAUAAAUAGAAUUCUUCAACAUUAUGCAUAUUUAAUGAAUCACCAAUAAAAUUAGGUGAUUUAAAAUCUUGUAAAUUAUAAACAAAAAAUGGUUUAUUAUAAAUUCAUGAAGAUGGAAGAUUUGAAAUGGAUGUAAGUAAUAAAGAUUUAAAUUUUAUUAUUUAAACUAAUGGAUAAGAAGUAAUUUAUUUUAUAUUAAUUUUAUUAGAUAAUUGUUUAAAAGAAGGGUUAAAAGGCAAAAUAAUAUAAAUUAAAUGAAUUACCCUAAAAAUUAUAGAAAUUCUAUACUUAUUCAAAAUAAGUGUGUAAUGCAAUCAGAGAAAAAAAUUAGAAAUAGAAACUUAAUAAUGAACAUGGCAAUUUUGCAUUAAAAAAUACAAAAUUAGGUUAAUGUUAUGAAGGAUAUAUUGCAUAAUCAAAAAUAAAAGUAAAUUUUUCUUUAAAACUUUAGAUAUAACAUAUUUUAAAUUCAGACACAAUAAAAUUAUAAUUUCAUAAUGGAAAUACUAAAAUUGUAAAUAUUAAUGAAUUUUAAUAACUUUCAACUUAAUCAAGAAUGGAUCCUAAUGAAGUUUAUUCAAUUAAAAUUGCACUCAAAUAUUUAACUUAAUGUUUGUAAUGA